ACCUUGUCACCAAGCUGGCGGCUUGCAGCAUGUCCUGAACGACCUACCGUGACCUUCGGCGCAUGUCACCAUGUUCGAGGGCGUGGUGUCGUACUUGCUCAACAAGUACCUGAGCAAGUACAUCGAUAACCUGGACACGGACAGCCUGAACAUCAGCGUCUGGAGUGGAAAUGUCGAGCUCAAGGAUCUCGAGCUCAAGCCAGAGGCCCUGGCCGGCCUGGAGCUGCCGGUGGCCGUUACGCGCGGCUCUGUGGGCCGCAUCGCUCUGGCCGUGCCCUGGACCAGCCUGUGGAGCAGCCCGCUGGUGGUGACCGUCGAGGGCGUACUGGUGCUGGCUGGCCCGGUGGCGGCGCGACCCUACGAUGCUCAGCUCGAGCGACGACUGGCACGCGCCGCUAAACGCGCGAUCAUCGCCCGGCUCGAGCGCGACGACGCCAUACCAGCCGGUGACCAGCCGCCAGGCUUCUUCGGGCGUCUGGUGGCGGCCAUCCUGAAGAACGUGCAGGUGUUCGUCAACAACAUCCACGUGCGGUACGAGGACGCCAUCUCCAGCCCCGGCUGUCCACUGGCUGGCGGCGUCUGCAUGCAGAGCAUCUCCGCCGAGACCACCAACAGCAAAUGGAAGCCGGCGCAGGCGGCCGCCGACGCCACCAGCAUCUUCAAGCUGGUGCGGCUGGAGUCGCUGUCAGCCUACUGGAACGCCUACUGCGAGCAGCCGCCGCUCGACUCGGAGGAGCUGGCCGCCGACUGGAGAGAGAUGAUGGCCGACACGCUCAACACGUUCGCCCUCAACGACGAGCGGCUGGACUUCUUGGUGAAGCCGCUGUCGGCCAAGCUGAAGGUGAUCCUGAACCUGUCGCCGGAGCAGCUGGUGCCCCGCCUGCUGGCCGAUCUCGUGCUGCAAGACACGAGCGUGCAGCUCUCUCGGCAGCAGUACCUCAGCCUCAUCAACGUCACAGAGAACUUCAGCCGCAUGAAGGUCAACAGCCGAUAUCGCAAGUAUAAACCACCGGUAGAGCUUCACGGAAACGCUUCCAAAUGGUGGAAAUAUGCGAUGACCAGCGUGCUGGAGGAGCUCAUCCGUCCAUAUUCCUGGCAGAGGAUCGAAGCACACAGGAACAAGUACCGCGAGUAUCGUGCGCUGUACCUGACCUUCUUGGAGGGGCCGACCCGGGAGGUGGAGCUGCUGGAGCCGCUGGCGCAGCUGGAGGACGGCCUCGAUGCCACCGGCAUCCUCCUGGCCAGGGAGGAGGCCAAGAUGGAGCUGGCGCGGCGCCAGUCGGCGACCGAGUCGGCCGGGCUCGACGAGACGGGCGGCUGGUGGGGCUGGCUGACCGGUGGCGCCUCUGGUGACGACGGCGCCACUCAGCCGGCUUCGGCACGCGGCUGGACCGUCUGGAGUCAGCUGACGCCCAAGGAGAAGAAGCAGCUCUACGAGAGCAUUGGCAUGCGAGAUGAGGACGAGGCCGAAGACACGACCGACCUGCCUACCAACUACAUCAGGCACAAGCUGAACGUGACGCUGGCCAACCUGACAGCGGCGCUGCUGGCGCGUAACAGCGAGGUGCUGGUGGCGUCGGCUAGCCAGCUAGUCAGCUCGGCGGAGACGCGACCGGCCCAGCGCUCCGUCCGGCUCUCGGCCAGCACCCAGAGUCUGCUGGUGGAGGGCACCAGUCUGGAGCGGGACCUCGUGCCUGUGGUGUCUCUGGCUGAUGUGCACGAGAGUGACCACCAGCCAAUGUUUUCGCUCGACUUCGAAGUGAACCCACCGGCUGCCGACUUUGGCCUGACUGUGAAGGUGUCGCCUGUGGAAGUGGUCUACUCUGAGCACGCCGUCUCGGAGGUGCUGAGUUUCGUGCAGACACCACAGCUGACGCUGAGCGCGGCCGCCCAGCUGGCGCGCGGACAGCUUAGCCGACUGACCGAGGCUGGCAGGGCGGCCCUGCACGAGGCCAUCUCGCGCCGACGCACCCUCCAGCUGAACCUGGACCUGGCCAGCCCCUACCUGGUGGUUCCCGAGACCGGCACGCUGCAGAGUGGUGGUAACCUACUGGUGGCUGACCUGGGUCGGCUGGUGGUCACCUCCGAGCUGCAGCCGCCGCUGGACCUGGCCGUCCUGGCCGAAAUGAGUCGCGCAGAGCUGGAGGAGGCCGUUUAUGAUCGCUACCGCUUCCUGCUCACCGACCUCCAGCUGCUGUUCGCCGACUCGGGCGACGAGUGGCGCUCGAACCUGCGACGGCCCACCUCCGAGAACCACCUGCUGCCCAAGGUGCAGGCCGAGAUGGUGUUCUCCAACUCGGUGCAGCAGAGCUACACGCUGGUGCCAAGACACAAACUGGACAUCACGAUGAGCGCGUGCCGACUCCACCUGUCGGACCGCCGGAUCCGCCGGCUGGUGGACUUCUCGGAGCGACUGCCGGUGCCGCGGCCGCUCCAGUACCGCGACACGGUGGACGCCAUGCCCAGACGAGACCACCUCUGUUUGAAGGAGUGUCAGAUGGAGCCAGACACAGGCGAGCUGCGCCGUAUUCGCCGGCACCUGCGCCGCAACGUGCGCCGCGCUGCCACCGCCGCGGACACACCGGACAGCGCGGCGGCGCCGGACAACGCAUCUGUCGACUCUACCCCGCUGUCGUCGACGGGCGCUGAGGUGCAGAGAAUCAUGCAGCACGAGGUGACGGAGUCGGAGCCGGGCAACAGUGACCAGUGGGCACGAGCCGUUGACCAGCCUGGCUUCCAGGACAACGUGUCGGCGCACAACACGCUCAGCGUGAUGCUGCGCCUGCAGAUCCCAGAGGUGACGGUGCACCUGGACCGGUCCGGUGACGCGGCCGACCGGCCCUACCUGAUGCUGGUGGUGAGCACGCUGGUGGCCGAGCUGGCGCAGAUGACGUACGGCCCGGCCGCUCAGCUCACGCUGUCCGGUUUGCGGCUGGUCGACAAGCUGCACGCCACAAAUGGCGGCGAGUAUCUGGAGCUGAUCAGCACGGCGGACCAGAAGCAGCUGGUCACGGUGCUGUACAGAAAGGUGAGCCCGAGCUGCCCAGAGUUCAGUACAGUCUUCCACAGCGUCGAACAGAGCCUAGUCAUGGACAUCGACACAGUCAACAUGCUGUUCCAUCGUGGCGCCGUGCUCACCCUGGUCAAGUUCCUUCAGUACGCCGGCGAGCGGCUGGCCACCAAGGGCCUACCGGCGACGGCGCCGGCGCUGUCGCCAGCUCUGCUGGCUGCGCCGAUGGCCGACGGUCCGCCGACACCGGCCGGAGCCACCCGCUUCAGCGGCUCGGUUCGGCUCCAGGAGGUGGUCGGGCGGCUGUGCGACACCGAUUCCGACUUUGUGGAGGUCAAGCUGACAGGAGCGGAGAUCGAUGGACAGCUGAAAGCCAAUGACAAGAUGAUAUUCAAAGCUUCUUUAGCCGAAUUUGCCAUGGAAGAUAUUUCAGAAACCACCCUGUACUCUAAGAUCGUCUCGAUGGAGGACGAAAAGCUACUGGAGCUGGGCGUGGCGCUGUUGUCGGGCGGCCGGUCGCCGUUGGAGCUGACUGAGCCGACCCGGCCUCAGGGCUCCGUCCGGCUCCGCGUCGGUCGCCUGCACGUUCUCCUGCUGCACAAGAUCGUGGCUGAAAUGCAGAGUUUCCUGGCGCCGUUCGUGGUGCCCGAGCUGGGCGGCUGGGCGGCGCGCGAGGCCGAGCGCCGCCUGGCGGACGGCGUGGCCGGCGCCCAGCGGCAGGCGCCCACCCUCAGCCUGGACGUGCAGCUGCACGCGCCGCUGCUGGUCAUCCCUGGACACUCGCGCUCUAGAGAGGCACUGCUGGUCAACCUCGGCGACCUGACGGUGGAGAACCUGAUCAAGCUGAAGGAGAAGCCGUCCCGUCACGUCAUCGACAACAUCAUGGUCCGGCUGGGCGACGUGCAGAUCAGCCGUGCCGCCCUCACCAUGAGCGGCGACCUGGAGGUGCUGGACCCGAUCAUGGCGCCGGCCGGGCUGCGCGUGGACGUGCAGCGAGUCGUGUUGCCGGCGCCAUCUGGUGUGCUGCCACUCGGCAUCUCCGCCAGCCUGGACACACUGCAUCUGGACGUGGCCCAGAGCGACGUCACCCUCGUCUACACAGUGCUGACGGAGAACCUGGCCGAGGGACAGUUCGCCGAUGAGAGCUGGCGUACGUUCUCUCCGGAGCUGGCGAUGGUCCAGCUGCCGCCGGGCGUGGACGAGAUGGUGGGCCAGCGGCUGCAGGCCUUCCUCUCCGGCGAGGCGCGGCCCGAGGCCAUCGUCUCUGUCGCGCUGGACGGCGCUGUCGUCACUCUGUACGACGACGGCGGACAGAUGGCCGGCUCGAGCUCGCCCACCCGAGACGAGGCACACGCGCUGCUGCGCUGCGAGGUGGGCGAGGCGCGCGCCGAGCUCGACCAGUACUCGGAUCACUCCAUGUCGGCGCGGGUGACCCUGCAGCAGCUGACGCUGGCCGACGCUCGUCCCGAGAGUCCGGCCGUCGUCAAGCGGCUGCUGGAGCCGGCCACCGUCAAGGACGGCGCGCUGCUGGAAGUGACGCUGGAGCGCUCCGCCGCUGGCGACCACGCGGUGCGCGCGCUGCUCGAGAGCACGCGGGUCACGCUCUCCGUACCGUACAUGGCGCUCAUCCACUGCUUCUUCAGCGACGCCUGUCCCCACGCGCCGGCUGCCGCCGCCGCUGAGGCGCAUGCUCCCGCCUGGACCAGCAAGCUCCAUCAAAUCCAUUCGGAAACUCCGACCUCAUCUGGCAGCACCAGUGGAUACCUUUCGGCUGCCAGGUCGGCUGUCCACGAAGAAGAAAAUGGUCUCACGGUGACUGCUCAGCUGCGGACGCCCGAGCUGGUGCUGCUGGUCGACCCGACCGAGGUCACUGGACGCCGGCUGGUGACCCGGGCCGAGGUGGCGCUCAACUACGUGCGGGCGACCGGCCAGCCACCCAGCGGCUCGCUGUCGCUGGCAGAUCUGCAGCUCUGCCAGACCCGGCGGGGCGCUCCGCGGCGGACGGAGCGGGUCGUCCUCGAGCCCUGCGACCUCUCCAUGACCUACGUGGGGCCGGAAGGCGACACGGGCGUUGCCAUGGCGAUAGCUCUGAACGAGCUCAACGUCCGACUAGUGGAGUCAGUGGUCCGCACCAUCUCGCAGGUGGUCGCGGACGUGCGACUGAGCAUGGACCGGCUGCAGGGCAGCCAGCGACCCGCCUCGGCCGAGGCCGACAGUCUGCCUUCCAGCCCCACUAUUGAAAACAUCUGGCUGCCCAGGGCGCUAGAGAAGCCCCCGCCGCUGGAGGAGCCCGGGGAGCACAUCUGCGCAAGGCCGGUGUUCCCCACCAACAAACCAUCCGAAUCUCUGGAGAUUCGCACACCGGAGAUAUCGGUGGUGUUUGAGCGCGAGGAGGACGACCAGAGGUUCCCCGUCGUGGCCAUCCACUCGGCGCUGGAGCUGUCCCUGUGCGACUGGAGCCAGAUGGCCUACCUGAAAGGGGAGCUGCACCUGCAGAUGUCCUGCUUCAGUGACGACAUCGGCGCCUGGGAACCCAUCCUAGAGCCGGUGCUGCGGGCGGAGGAGGACUACCGACCGUACGAGGUCCUGUUCAAGGUGUUCCGGAGCGGCGCACACCCAAUCUCGUGCGGCGCCUCCCUGCCGGAGGACCAGCCGGAUCGCGGCGGCCCGUUGGCGCCGCCGUCGGCCGGCUCGGCCACCACAAGUACCGUCGACACGGACGAGGAGCAGGCGCACAGGAUGCGCCGCAUCAAGACGCCGCGCAAGUACACACGACGGAAACGCCGAUCCAAAGCGUCCAGUCACAUCGUAGGUAGCAUGAUGACCACCGACUCCGACUCGGACGACGGCUUCAUGGAGAAGAUCGCUACUGCCUUCGGCCACCUCUUCUCCAGUGACAACGAGGAGGGCGUAGAGGACGGAGAGGAGGCGGAGGAGAGUGAGGCAGAGCCGCCCGCUGCUGACCCCAGGCCACCGGGUCAGACCGGCCAGGACAUGCCGGACGGCCCGGAGGUGAUGGUGACGGCGUCAGUGGCACCGCCCGCCCAGCUGGCCACCUAUGUGCUGAUCGAGUCACGUGACCCGAUGGAUGUCACGCUAACGCCCCAGGCAGUUAACGUCACGCGGGAGGUGGUGUCGUGGGUGACGGACGAACGGACCCGGGGGCCGGAGCCGCACCAGCAAUCCUCCAAAAGGGGCCUCAGCGUCGACAACCGGCUGGGAGACGACUUCAAGGUCGUCGUGCUGGGCAGGGCGGAGAAGCUGGGCGCCGAGAAGGUGCUGGCGGAGUGUAUUUACGGCUACCAGGACGUCGUUCCCGGCUCUCCAGUACCGACCAGUCCCACCCAAGCGCUGAACCAGUGUCACAAGAGACUGAGUGCGGGCAGUGGCGGCAGCAAAGUGGAGGAGUUCAUCGGCACCGUCCUAACGGCGGUCACCACGCCGCUACGGUUUGACGAGAGGACGCUGCCCGAGCUCUAUCAUCUGGCCAUCCGACAGAAGAUCAGAAUAGAGGCGCCGGACUUCGAGCCGGCGCUGGCGCUGCUGCCGUCACGCUCGCUGCGCCGCCUGGUGUCGCUGCGGCGCCGCGCGGGCGACAAGGUGACGCCUUACCAGGCCGUGCUGGAGACGACGGCGCGCGGCGAGCACCGCGCUGUCCGGCUCACCUCACCGCUCCAGGUGAUAAACGGCCUAUCGGCGCCCGUGUUGCUGCUGUACCACGAGGCAGAGCUGGCGGGCGCGCUGCAGGUCUCGCCUGCCGCCGAGGCGGCCAACCCGUUCGGCUCGCUACGUCAGGUAGCCGUGCUGAAGCCGGGCGAGGCGGCGGCUGUACCGCUAUUGGUGGCCUACCACUGCCGCCUGCUGGUGCAGCCCGUCGGCACCAGGCACGACGUGAGCAACGAGGCAAUCUGGUGGAAGGAGAUGGUCAAGAAGCCGGGACCGCACUUCAUCCGCUGUGACCCCAGCUCCGGUCACGGCUACAAGGUGGUCGCCCAGGUGACAGUGGCGCGCGAGCCGCCGGACAGCCUGGCGGCCGGCUCGGAGGCGGCCGACGAGCGCGGCAUGCCGGUCAUGACGGUGCGUUUGCAGCCGGCCGUUAUCGUGCACAACAACCUGCCGACGGCCGCGCUGGUGGGCGAGUACGGCGUGCCGGCCGGCGGCACCCUGCGGCUCACCUCGCUCGACCCCGCCACCAAGCAGGACGUCGCCGUACAGCUGGCUGGGUAUCGUGGCUCGCGCUGGUCAGGCCGUCUGGAGCUGUCUGCUGAGCUGCGCACCGGCGCCACCAUAACGGUCGCCGCCGACCGGUCAGACCCAUCUAGCGACAACGCCGGGAAGCUGACGUUAGAACUGCGUCGCCCGGAGCCGACCGUCAUGGAGCUGUACCUGGGCGUGCCGUACUGGCUGGUGAACAAGACCGGCCUACCGCUCAGGGUCAAGUGUUCGUCGUGCUCGUCUGCGCUGGAGUCGGUGCCGUCGGAGGAGCCAGUGCUGUUCCGGCCGCGCGGUUCCUCCAAGCUGCGCCUCAGCGUGCAGCAGUCGCCAUGGAGCCCGCCGUUCAGCGUCAGCGCUGUGGAGACGGCCGGUCUUGUGGUCUGCCGCGACAAGGAGCGACACAAACGCUACAGAGUGUUGAUGUCCGUGUCGCUGUCGCACCUUCUGCCGACCAAGAUCAUCACGUUCAAGCCGUACUUCAUGCUGCAGAACAACAGCCGCCACCAGCUGAUGUACAUGGAAGAGGACGAAUCGGCCGACCUCUGGCUGGACAUGGCCCCACGCCAGGUGUCUGCGUUCUGGCCGGCCACCAACAGCCUCCGUCUGAGUAUCAAGUACCGCGACUCGCGUGUAACGUCACAAUGGUUCUCCAUCAUCACGCAGCACCAGACCACCCUGCGCAUGGCGGGCGGCUCGGCGCUGGUGGUGGAGGUGACCGGCGGUGUGGAGAGCCCGUUCCUGGUCAGCUUCGAGCCGUACUCGGCCGGCGACGCUCCCGUCCGACUGGAGAACCUCUGCGACGAUCUCUUCCUCAAGUUCCACCAGAAGUCGUCCGGGCAGGUAAUGCUGCUGGGCCCUUACCAGUCGAUGCUGUACACGUGGGAUGACCCGACGGCUGAGCGCCAGCUGCUGUGGAACGCCUACAACAGCAAGGCUGUCGACAUGGCCGCUGUGAUCGAGAAGGACGGAUUCGGCGAGGCGCCGCUGACCCUGCACACAGUGAAGGAGAGCCGACUGGCACGGCUUUCCUCCAGACUGCGCCGCUCGCUCAACAGCACGCCCCGCGCCUCGGUGGGCGGCGGCAGCAGCACCGACGACAGCGACACAGAGACCGGCGAGCAGGCGUCAGAGGUGGCCCACAGACAGAUGCUGCGUCCCCGCACGCGCCGGGACCGCACCACCGUCUUCUGGGUGAGCUACAUGGUCGGCGCGCAGCGGGCGCUACUCUUUACCCAGGAUGAGCGGCAGGCGGUGCGCGUGCGCCAGCGUGUCGACGGCGAGCGCGCACGACUCGAGCUGUUCCUCUCGCUGCGCGCCGCUGGACUGUCGCUGGUGACGGCCGGACGCCAGGAGCUGCUGUACGCCAGCAUGCGCUCGGCGCCGGCUGCCUGGCACGUGUGCGUCCAUGACAACUGGAAGCCGCUCAACCUGGAAAUGAGUGCCUGGAUCGAGGACAAACACAACAACGACAUCGCCAGGGCCAACAUGAAGGAGUACAUCGAGGUGGACCUGGCCAAAAUGCAGAUGACGCGGCCGUUCUACGGCCGGCUGCGGCGCACGCAGCGGCCCGCCAUCUGGGUCCACUACCGCCGCUCCGCCACGCUGCGCUAUGUCCACUUCCGGCUGCACCGGCCGCAGAUCGACUGCCAGAUCCCGGGGUCUGUGUUCCCGGUGGUGCUGCACCGGGUGGCGCCGCCGUGGCGCGUGGCCGAGAAGCACGGCGUUGCGCCGUUCUUGGAGGCGUGCGCCCUGGUCAGGGACGGCUCGGAGGAGGUGCCACUCAACCUCAGGCACUUGAAGAUCCUGGUGCAGGAGUUCUCUCUGGAACUCGACAAGGGCCUGCUGGUGUCGAUGUUCGACCUGGUGGUGCCGCUGUUGCCGCCGCCCCCGACCAGCCAGAUUGGACUGGUCCAGGACCUUUCGGCCGCCCACCAGCCGCUGGUCCCAACCAAGUCGCCGUCGCUGACGCGUCUGGAGCGGGCCAUCAUUGAGUUCGUGCACCUGUCGCCGCUUAAGUUGUCGUUUUCGUUCUCGCCGCGGGGGGCGCCGCUGGUGGGUGGGCCGCCACCUGACCAGGCCGCCUGGAAGCGGGACCUGCUCGGCUUCCUGGCUGAGAGCGUCGGCGCCCCGGUCACCGAGGUCACCGAGGCGGAGCUCAAGCUAGGCUACUUCGAGCGUCGUGGCAUCUCCCUCUCCCCGGCGGACCUCCUCUCGGAGGUGAAGAACCACUACAAGUACCAGCUGCUGCAGGAGGUGUACGUCCUGAUCCUGGGGCUAGAUGUUCUGGGAAAUCCGUACGGACUGAUCAAGGACUUUGCCCAAGGCGUAUCAGACUUCUUCUACGAGCCCUACCUGGGUGCCAUGUCCGGUCCGGAGGAGUUCGCCGAAGGCGUGGCGCGUGGCGCUCAGAGCCUGUUCGGUCACGUGGUGGGCGGCGCCGCCACCUCCGUUUCUCUGCUGACAGAGUCGCUCGGCAACAUGCUCUCCGUGCUCAGCUUCGACGAGGACUACAAACGGAAACGGAGGAUCUGGAUGAACCAGCGAGCUGGCCUGCCGGAAGCUCUGCUGGUGGCUGGCAGGACCUUCGUCAUGGGCAUCGUUCUGGGCCUGGCCGGGCUCGUCAUGCACCCGUACAGAGGUAGUCGUGACGGCGGCGUGGAGGGCUUCUUCUGCGGCGUGGGCCGUGGCCUGCUGGGCCUGCUGACCAAGCCGGCCGGCGGCGUGCUGGACAUGGUGGCUAUGGCCAUGGACGGCGUGUCGCGCGCCGUCGAGCUCGGCGAGCAGGUCAUCCGAGCCAGGCUGCCGCGCCACGUCAACCCCUACACGGGCGUGCGGCCGUUCUCCCCGUACGCGGCGCGCGGUCAGUACCUGUUGGGCUCGGUGUGCGAAGGUCGGCUGGCCAGGACGGAUGUAUACCUGGCCCACGCGGCGCUCAGCGCCUCCGACAGGAGCGACAUCUGCCUGGUCACGGACCGACACGUUCUGCUGCUGCAGUCGAACCGACUGUGGGCCGGCUGGGACCUGGACUGGUCGGUGGAGGUGGCUGAACUGGACGGCGUGCCGCGCGUCGAGGACAACAAGCUCGUGCUCAAGCUCAGGAAGAGUGACGGCCAUGACUGGUUCCGGGUGGAGCGACGCGAGCUAGAGUCCGAGGACAUCGAGCUGCUCCAGUGGCUGCAGAACAAGAUCGAGCGCGCGCUAGUGCUCGGCAUGUGGUAGCUCACUGGCGGUCCACCGCGCCGGAAGCAAGUCUGUCACCAUCCCGCGGGUAAUCGGGUUCUGUCCUCUUGUAUGCCUUCUCUUCUGCGCCUCGCACACGCUCCUGUCCCCUCGACAUGAUGUCAAUAUCCUUCCAGGUUUUUCUCGUUUGCCUGUUUGGGCCAGUGAUGAACAUCGCAUAGCGGUAUCACGGACUGAGCAUGCGACGAAAUCACAGACGUUUGUGGUAUGGCCAGCGAGCGAGUCGGGUGUUCUGGACGAGCCCGUCGUUGGCCGGAUCAGCCGUGCGGUCUCCAUGCCGGCCUGUGUGAUCUCUGAGGGGCGUUUCGCGGCCUCCGGUACGGCCCAUCCGGCGUGAACCGCAGUGUCGAGCGCGCUGGGUCUAUGGUCGAAGUUACCUAGCACCGGAUUUGGAGUCCGAAAUCAUCGGAACGCUGAAGUAGAAAGGGAGGGCUGGCACGAAUGUUGUGUCGGCAGACGGGACAUGAUAAUAAGCGGCCCUCUCACUGACGCUCUUGAUAUCGUCAGAGGGCGUCUGUGACGUCAUGCCGUGGUCAGGCAGAGUGGUGCAGCCGGUAGGCUGUUUGUGCUGCAUCGGCAGUGUUUAUGCGUACAGACGUUUGUCAUAUGAUACCGGUUUAUUGGGGACAUUUAUCUGGGAGUCUAUUUUUGCGGCGUCUUCGCCUUUCGUCGGAAUGCUUGUGGAUGCGUUAUCAUUGUGUUUCCGAUUUGUCUUCGCGAAGGGUAUGCUACUUUGUUCUCUCGGAAAAGCAGUGGGCCAUGUAUUGGACAGGUUUUACACCGUUUGCGAGCCAUUUGUCGGCGUGAAGUUCGCGGCUGAACUCCCGGGCUAAGUGUGUAUUCUAUACCUUGCUGAUCGGAUGCGAGGCUUCAUCGCAGUAAUGCUGUGUGGGGGGGGGGG